CGAUACCUCAAUUCCCACGGCAUCUGCGUUGUCUGAUCUGAUCUGAUCUGAUGACGUACGCACCUUCUUGAUAAUUUUCAAAUGGCAGUCUCUUUCUCUCUCUUCAGAAAUUUUUUCCAUCAGCUUCUUCCCUCUCUUCUUUUGCUUCCGAAACCCCUAGCUUUAUCACAGCUUUAAUCGCCAUGACAGUUCAAUCCUCAAAACCUCAAGAUGAGCAAUACAAGGUUGCAAAGAGUUCUUACUUCAAUUUACCAGCAUUGGAUGUUUCCGUUGCGUUUCCCCAAGCAACUUCGGCUUCGGUCUUUCCUCCUUGCUGCCGUCGUUCGUCUUGCUUCGUCAUUGUUGUCCUCCGUCGUCGUCCUCCUACCGCGACCAGAGAGCGAUGGGAAGGUUUACCAGAGAUGAGAGGGAUGAGAGAGAUCUGUGGAAUGAGAGGGAUGAGUAGAGAGAGAGCUUCAGACUACUUUCAGUUUGAUGACCUAUUGACUCCUGAGGAGCAGGCCUUGAGAAUGAAAGUAAGAGAGUGUAUGGAAAAAGAAAUCGCUCCAAUAAUGACAAAGUAUUGGGAGAAAGCAGAAUUUCCAUUUCAUGUUGUUCCAAAGCUUGGUGCCCUAGGUAUUUCGGGUGGUACAAUUGAGGGGUACGGGUGUCCAGGUCUCUCCAUUACUGCAAGUGCCAUCACUUUUGCAGAAAUUGCUAGAGUUGAUGCAAGCUGCUCUACGUUUAUUUUGGUGCAUUCUUCUUUGGCAAUGCUCACUAUUUCAAUAGGAGGUUCUGAAGCACAGAAACAUAAAUAUUUACCUUCAUUGGCACAACUUAAAACCAUAGCUUGUUGGGGUUUGACUGAACCUGACUAUGGAAGUGAUGCAAGUUCUCUGAAAACAACAGCAACAAAGGUCACUGGAGGUUGGAUUCUUGAAGGCCAAAAGCGCUGGAUAGGCAACAGCACUUUUGCGGAUGUGCUGGUUAUUUUUGCUAGGAACACAAGCACAAAUCAAAUAAAUGCAUUUAUAGUAAAAAAGGAUGCCCCUGGACUACAGGCUACUAAAAUAGAAAAUAAGAUUGGCCUGCGGAUUGUUCAAAAUGGAGACAUUGUACUGAAGGAAGUUUUUGUCCCUGAUGAGGACAAGUUGCCUGGUAUCAAAUCUUUUCAGGAUACAAACAAGGUCCUUGCUGCUUCACGUCUCAUGGUUGCCUGGCAACCUAUUGGCAUUUCAAUGGGUGUAUAUGAUAUGUGUCACAGGUACUUGAAAGAGAGGAAACAGUUCGGAGCACCAUUGGCAGCUUUCCAAAUUACCCAACAGAAACUAGUUCAAAUGUUGGGUAAUAUACAGGCGAUGAUUCUUAUUGGUUGGCGCCUUUGUAAGUUGUAUGACAAGGGAGCAAUGACUACAGGCCGUGUUAGCUUAGGAAAGGCAUGGAUUUCCUUGAAAGCAAGGGAGACGGUAUCUCUUGGACGUGAGUUACUUGGUGGCAAUGGAAUCUUGGCCGACUUUCUAGUUGCAAAGGCAUUCUGUGACUUGGAACCAAUCUACACAUUCGAAGGCACUUAUGACAUCAACACCUUGGUUACUGGCCGGGAAAUCACUGGGAUUGCCAGUUUCAAGCCUGCUGCACGGAGCCGCCUGUAAUGUUAUAGACUCUCUCGUCCUUAAUCUGAUAAAAAAAUCAAGGGACAAGGAAAUAAACAGAGAUAUUCAUAUCCUUCUUUAGUGUUUUUUUAUUUGUUUAUGACUUUGUGGACUUCUUGUUAGCUGAUAAAUUACUCUGGGAAAAAUAAAUGUGAAGAAUCAAAGGAAUUGAAAAAAAUUAAUGUAAUUCCACUUUACCUUGGACGGAUGACUUGA